AUGGGAUCUCAGACACCAGAAGGAGAACGCCGCGGUCCGGAUGAAUCGUCCGGCCAGGCGGCAAUCGCCAACAUCAACCCUCAGCGACCAGCUGCCGCAAGCGGAUUACUUCACGGCGCACUUGAAGGGCAGGAUGAAGACGGAGAUGAUGGUGAUGAAGAUACCGCCGUGAAGACUGGCGACCAACCUAACAAGAAGAAGACCAAAAAGAGUAAGAAGAAGAAAAAGAAGACCCCCGGUGGGCAACAGACGACCCCACCGAGAGUUGCAGUCGCCGACAUCUUCGCCGGCAAGCCAUAUCCCUCUGGAGAAAUUCUCGAAUACGCCGUUAAGAACGACAAUCUCCAGCGUACCACUGCCGAAGAGACACGGCACCUGGCUGUGCUUGACAACAUGAACGAACACUUCCUGAARGACUAUCGCGAAGCAGCCGAAGUUCAUCGCCAGGUCCGCCAUCAUGUGCAAAGCAUCGCCAAGCCUGGAAUAUCCAUGCAUGACCUCGCUGGGGAGAUUGAGGACGGCGUUCGCGCACUGGUUGGCCAUCCCGGUAUUGAGCCCGGAGAUGCUUUGAAAGGCGGACUUGCCUUCCCCACCGGGCUUUGCUUGAACAACAUURCGGCUCAUUGGACUCCCAAUCCGGGAGGCAGAGAGAUUGUCCUUCAGCACGACGAUGUGCUGAAGGUGGACUUUGGAGUUCAUAUCAAUGGCCGGAUUGUAGACAGCGCUUUCACGGUUGCUGCCAAUCCAAUCUAUGACGACUUGCUGGCGGCUGUAAAGGCGGCUACCAAUACUGGCUUGAAGGAAGCUGGUAUCGAUGCUCGUAUGGACCACAUCAGUGGGGAGAUUCAGGAAGUGAUGGAGUCCUACGAAGUCGACUUGAACGGCAAAACCAUCCCGGUUAAAGCCAUGCGAAGCUUGACAGGCCACAACAUUCUACGCUACAAGAUUCACGGCGAUAAACAAGUCCCCUUUGUCAAGACUCGCACCUCUCAACGUAUGGAAGAAGGCGACAUUUUCGCCAUUGAGACUUUCGGUACGACUGGCAGUGGACGCACUCGAGACGAUAUUGGCGUAUAUGGAUACGGGCGCAAGGAUGAUGUCAGCAUUGCUGGUCUACACCAGAAGUCUGCGAAGAUGCUGUUGAAGACGAUCGAUGAGCACUUCGGUACUCUGGUCUUCUCGAAGCGGUACCUUGAACACAUCGGCGUGAAGAACUAUCAUCUCGGGAUGAAAGCUCUUAUUGCCAAUGACAUUAUCGAGUCCUACGGACCGUUGGUGGAUAUUGCUGGGUCGUAUGUUGCGCAGUUUGAACAUACUGUCCUGCUGCGGCCAAACUGCAAGGAGGUCGUCUCUCGCGGUGAUGAUUAUUGA